AUGGAUGAGGUUGGCUCCUCGCCGGGCAGCCUGAGCUCGCCUCCUCAUUCGCCCGAGCAGGGCAAUGCAAACAGCAGCUCUGCGACCCGCGUCCUCAGCAGUGGUGGCGGUGGUGGUGUUGCUGGAAACACUAGCUCCCCCACACCUGCAUCUACCGCGCCCGCGCCUAGACUGACUGCAGCCGGUACCGUUAGGAAGAAGCCAGGUCCCAAGCCAAAACCAAAGGACCCAAAUGCCCCAGAGAAGAAGCCUAGGAAGCCCAGAAAGACUGCGGAGCUUAAGGAUCCCGCUACAGAACCCGUAGUGCGCAAGAGAAGGACAAAGGCAUCACUCGAGGCACAAGCAUCACCAAUAGCAAUUAAGGAUGAGCCAGUGCAGCACCAACCACAACCACCGCCGCCUCCACCACCACCACAACAACAAUCACUUCAUCAACAUUUCGCACCAACUCCACCACCCCCGAGGCCCAGUGACUUUGCUGCUGGACGUUCAUCGGAGUCAGCGGUACAGGCCAUCCAGUCUGUUCAACCAGUCCAGCCUGUGGCUGUUCAGUCUGCACGUGUUUUGAGCAAUCCGGAGCCCUUGCACAACAACCCAAAUCUAUCCCAUAUCAAUACGGCCCCUUCGACACCACGUCCCGCCAGCUCAGGUCAACGGUAUGAUCCAAUUCGUGGCGGUCUGUUCGAGUCGAAGCCCCAGAGUUCCUCCAGUGUCCCGCCGCCUGUUUCUCCUCCCAUGAAUCGCGCGAGCGCGUCGCCGUCCAUCACAAGUCUCAUCGACCCCCCUUCUGUUUCCCAUUCACAUUACGCGCAGGCCCCUAGGCUACAGCAGCAUCCUUCUGUCACCUCGGCACCCGCGUCCCCUGCUGCACCUCCUCGCCCCGGCCCGCUCCUUCCCCACGUGGACCAGCAACAGAAUCUGUCACCACAGGCUCAGCACCGAUCUCCCCAGGCCACUUUGGCGCGUCCAUCUGCAGGUGUAGGCGAAUCCACGCCAAUGGAUGUAGAUUCGGACUCUGCCUCCAAGGUCUACUCUGCCGUGCCUAUGAAGAAGAGUGAGUCGGGCACGGGAACACCGUCCAACUCGAAUGCGCCAACGCCUCCAGUGAAGCCUGUGCGGCAGAAAGAGGCACCGCCACCCCUGCCAACUGGAAGUGGCCUUCUCUCCGGAACACCUUUCGGCCCCGUGAACAAUGGUUCAAAUGGAUCAACCGACGCGCAGGGCGUCAAUAUCUGGCUCACCUUCCCUUUACGAGGACAAAACAACGUAACCAUCAAUUUCGCGCAAGAGGUGGAGAAGAAGUACGGCUUCGCAGCCUUGCAUCCAAAGAUUGCCGCUCGCAAAGAGCGUCUGCGUCAGGUCACCGCGGCCGGUGCGGCGCUCGAGAAGGCUGCCGGGGCUGGCUCUAAUGACGACAUGUCCUUGGAUCUUUCUGAGCCAGAGAGCAAUGUUGAUAUGGGUGGUAUGGACGACGAGGGAUCUGCAGCCGGUAAUGGUGUCAAGCGAAGGCGCAAGAGGAAGCAAGAGGAUUACGAUAAGGAGGACGACUUCAUCGAUGACACGGAGUUGGCCUGGGAGCAGUCGGCGCUCAUGGCCAAGGAUGGUUUCUUCGUCUACAGCGGCCCGCUCGUGACCGAGGGUGACAAGCCUGCAGUUGAGAGGGCGGAUGGUACUGUCAGGCGAGGACGCGGUCGCGGACGGGGUGGCACAGUCCGUGGAGAGGCAUCCGGACGAGGUAGAGGACGCGGUGGAGGCCCAGGCUCGCGUGGAGGUAACAUAUCUCGCAAGCCGCGUGUGACCAAGGCCGAGCGCGCCCUCAUGGAGCAAGAAAAGCUUGAGCGUGAAAAGAUGGGCGCAGCUAUGGCUGCGAAACAGCCGCUGGGACAAGCGAGCGCUUCGGCGUUGUAG